UUAUGUUUACAUAAUAAUAUUAAUUUGCAGACUUUUCACGAGCGCUGGCAAGCUGGACAAGACGCUCGGAAAUUUCAAGUGGCGAAACUUCACCGCAGUAUGAUUGCCAGCUCUCGGCUACAAUCAAGUGCUUCAAUGUUUCCAGGCAUUCGGAAGAGAUCGCUUCGUCCAAAAGCAUUAAACCACUUGAGAGUACGUCUUCUUGAAAAUCACGAAAAACACAGAGGAACGAAGCAGCGAUUCAGCACACUUGGCGCAAUCUUUCCUUCGAUGCGUAUUGGAAUUUUUAUUUCGGUUAUUCGAUCACUUCUCUCGUGGAUUCUCAAGCACGUACUUCUGUCGUACCUCGACGAUUAUUUUCCUGGAUUUUUAUAUCUGUCGUCUACAUUUAAGCAUUCCUUUGGUCGCUUUACGAGCACGUUGUGCGCCAAUAAGAUUAAAAGUGAGACUGAAAAGAAUCCCGUUUUUUUUUUCUCUGCUCAAAACCGAAAACGAUCGUAGCGGUAGCGAUUCAAGGUAGAAGAGUUUGUUCCGACGACGACUCUUGAGACUCGAUGAGAGUUUCGGACGAAAGGCAUACCCGACGUGGAAAGUUUACGUCGUCGAAAUUUCGACAGAACAACCGGUGAGGUCGAUUCUAUUGCCGUGUAGAGUGCAGUAGUCUGUAUGAUGUAUGUAGGUCAGCGUUUCUCUCAUCCUUUUACGUGCAGUGGACCAUCGGUGCAUCAAUUGAAAGAAGUAUGUCGCUAUGUUGUGGUACGUCAGUGUAUAUUCGCGAUACUUGAAGACAUGUUUGAGAAAGACCAGGCGAACAGGCGAAAACAUGUUGGCUUCUGUAUAAACGCGUGGUACAAGCGAAAACUUUUUAAAGCAUUUUUCUUUGUUCUUUGCUGUUUUCUAUCUAUUAUUCGUCGUGACACUCGACGCAAUAAUUCAAUGCUGCGUAGCAAUUUUUUAAUUAAGCCGCCUUUGUCAAUUAUUUUUUAUUGAUACGUU